AUAAUGGCUUCUUGUUAAGGCGGUGGGUGGUCGAGAAUUUUAUAAUUUGCAAGUUUAGUGAUAAUUUUUGUAUUUAAAACCUUCAAUUGCAGUAGUGUCAGAGUUCUAGACGGUAAAUAGUAAUGAAAUAUUCUAAUUUCGUUCGUGCAUUGUGCUCUUUUACUUAUUGAAAGUUCUAACUUGUCAUAAAGAAUAAUGAUCUGCUCGAAUAUUAUCUAAAAUGAGUUAAUAACACUCAUUUUGUUAGAAUUAAUGAUCCACCGCCGAAAUGAUGAUGUGUUUGGGUGUUAACUGAUGGGAGUUGUGAAUUAACAUAUAUAUAAAAAUUUCUCACAAUGGCGAGAAAAGGUGACACCAUACGAAGCAUCAAUGUAUCCGUUGUGGGAUUAUCCGGAGUGGAGAAGGACAAAGGACAUGCAGGCGUCGGCAAAUCCUGUUUCUGCAACCGUUUCAUGAGACCCCACGCCGAAGACUACAACGUCGACCACAUUUCCGUGCUAAGUCAGACCGACUUCAGUGGGAGAGUCGUCAACAACGACCACUUUCUUUAUUGGGGCGAGGUAAUCAAGACGUCAGAGGAAGGAGUCGAUUAUCAGUUCAGCCUAAUCGAACAGACUGAAUUCAUCGACGAUUCUUCAUUUCAACCCUUCAAAGGAGGUAAGAUGGAGCCGUACGUCAAACGUUGCGCAUCCACUAAAAUAACUUCAGCUGAAAAGCUAAUGUAUAUUUGUAAGAACCAGUUAGGUAUAGAGAAAGAGUACGAGCAGAGAAUUCUGCCCGAUGGUAAAUUGAAUAUCGACGGUUUUGUAUGUGUUUUCGAUGUAAGCAUUGUGCCAAGUAGGAGUAUUGAGAAGCAGGUCGAAUUCGCAGCUGCUAUUCUAAACAACUUGUUAAAAACUAAAAAACCAAUAGUAUUUGCAACAACUAAAAAUGACGAUGCCAAUGAUAUGUACAUUAGAGAAGCUCAUAAGUUAAUAUCUAGAAGCGAAUAUAAAAAUAGUAUACCUGUAGUGGAAACUUCGGCACACGAUAGUGUCAACAUUGACGUUUGUUUCAUGUUGCUCGCCCAGAUAAUUGAUAAAACUAAAGUUAGGUCCAAAAUACCCUCUUACGGCGAAGCUUCUUUAUCCAAAAAGGAGCUUAUGGAUACUGCUAGUGAAGCUUUCAUGAGACUCAUCAGAGUACACGUCACUGAUUGUCACGCCAUGUGGUCCCAGACAGUGAAAAAGUUAAAUUCACACAAGGAAUGGAUACAUUUCGUGCAGUUGUUUGGUUUAGAUGGUACACAAAGACUGUUUCGAAGACAUAUUAAAAAAUUAAAAGACGAGCAACUUGCUAAACAAAUAGCGCACUAUAUGGAAAUGUUACCCGAUGUUCUACACGAACUGAUUCCAGGAUUUAACACUCUGUCCGACAUGGAUUGGCCAUCUAUACAACAGUAUCUCAAGUCUCAUCCGAACUUUUCCCAAUAUUUCUUUGAGCGCCCCGAGGAUUUACCGUGGUCAGAAUGUUUGGACGACAACGAAGAAACUAGAAUACCAUUCGAUGUAUUGGACACAAGCGAAGCUGAAACAGUGUUCAAGAAUUACGUCAAUGUUUUGCAACAGGAGCAGAAACGUUUGGAAUGGAAGAAACAGUUCAAACAGUUACUUGAAGAUACCGGUUACGUAACCCCAGGGAAGAAUCUGUCUGAAGUAAGAGUAUUGUUUAUGGGUAGAGAAUGUUUUGAGGCUCUAUCUGAACAUGACUGCCAGAAAAUAUAUGAUACGCAUCAAAGAGAAAUCAUCGAGAAUGCUAAACAUAACUUUCAAGAACUGUUGUUGGAACACGCAGAUCUGUUUUAUCACUUUAAAAGCAUCGCGCCUACAGGAACUAUUACUCAAGACGAUAUUAAAGAAAUCACUGAUGUUUUACAAGAAGAUUUUAGAUAUAAGAUAUUAGACAGGCUCGACCAAGACAGAAAACUCACUCUUUUCCAACAUUUGGGCUUCAUUCAUUUUCCUAUAAGAGAACACUGUCCAGCUUUUCCUAAUUGUCAAGAUGCCCUUAUAGAACGUAUUCUAGCGACCAAAACCCACCGACCAACCUCUUGGAACAAUAGCAAUCAGUGGUUGAUUAGUUCUGAGAACAAUCAACUUAACCUCCUCAUUCUAGGACUGAAUAAUUUGGCCGAUAAUUUAGCUAGUAAGAUUAGGAAACAAUGUGAUGACGAUGAAUACGAAAUAGAUUGCCAAUUUUAUAAUUUAGACUAUCGAGUUAUAAAUGGGGAUGUUAGUUUGCCUCAUAAUUCCUUUAGGACUUCAGAUUUUAUACCUCACGGUAGUUUUUGUGUAUAUAAUAAUGCGCAGUCUUUUGAAUAUAUACGAGAAAGUUUGGAGAAGAAAUUACUUUCUAAUUUAGAACAGGACGAUAAAUUACCUUUCCAAGGCUUACCAAUCGUCUUGAUGUUCUUGCAAGAUUCUGUCAUCGACGAAAAGGAAGUGUUAAGGUUGAGAGAAGAUGGUCAGAAUCUCGCCGACAAUUUACAAUGUCCCUUUAUGGAUAUUUCUUUAGAGCAAACCACAGAAGAACAACUUGUUCACGAUUCUCUUCAUCAGCUAAUGCAGAGCAUUCACCAUCGCGCAGGCUUCUUAAACAUCAAUCAGUCUGUCAUCGAAUGCGUCGAGCCUGAUAUUAGAAUUAUUAUGUGCAUGUUCUGCGGCGAUCCGUACUCGAUAGAAAACAUUCUAGGGCCUCUUUUAUCACAUCAAGUAUGCUUCUUGUCGUCGUCGCAUAGUAUCAUAUUGGAGACAUUUUUGGGUGAUUCCAAGAGAAAGGUAGAAGUAAUAAUAUCAUCUUUUCACGGUGCUAAUGCUUUUAGAGACGAACUGGUCCAUGGUUUCAUUUUAGUUUACUCCACGAAGAGAAAAGCUUCGUUAGCGACUCUAAAUGCUUUCUCUAUGAACAUUCCCAAUUUGCCCAUUCAGAUAUUAGCGGUUACUGAUGAUGGAGGAGCGACAGCCUUUUUUAACGACGAUUUGAGCCAGCUACUCAUUACAGAAGGCAAUUCUACAGCAGAUAGGUUGCAUGCACAUUUUAUGACAUCCUCUAGUUCGAUGCAGCAUAAAACGGCCUUUUUCACGCCAUUCUUUAAAGAAGUAUGGGAGAAGAAACCGGAAAUUGAACAAGCUUUCCACAUGGAAGAGCCGUCAGGAUUAGACAGUGGCGAGGGUACUCUAGAAAGAUCAAAAAGUCAAAGACAUGGGCAUCCAUUGCCUCCUCCAAGACACGAGAGUUACUAUUUAAAAUUAAAUGAUGGUAGUGAAAGCGAAAACUUUGAACUCAGUGGCCCCGACGAAAGACUUAGUUCCAGUGACCACAGCGACAAAUUCUCAAGUGUUUAUAUGUACGGUAGCGAAGGAAGCGAGAAAAAGAGAAGUAUGCAUUCCGGUUUCCACGUGUAUCCACCACCUGCGACACCACCGGAGCCCGCGCCUCCAGACAAUAUUCUCAACAUAAGACAUUCCAAAAAACCAUUACUGUCCGCAUCUCAAACUAGCUUGGAAGAUGCUCCAUACGGAGACCAUCCCAUGUCUAUUCCUGGAAGCGCUUGGAAUAGUUAUCAGCAGCACGCAUUUACUACAGGUCGUAGACAUAUUCCAGUAUCUAAAUCUCGUUCGAAAUGUAUCUCGCAGACUUUAAAACAGCCGGGUAAACUGAAUAUGAAAAAUUAUUCCGCUGUGACGGAAGCCAUAGCUAGAAUGAACGUGUCUGAAAUGUCUUCACCCAAUUUCGGCAACGCUCCUCUCGCCACCCCGGAAGCUGUGGACUUAGGUUGUGAAUAUGCUCAAGUUAAGGAUCUUGUUCAUAAUAUGUAUCCGGGCCAGAGCCCCGAAUAUAUGUACACCAUGGUACAAGACGCCAUUAAUACGAAAUCAAAAUUAAGACAAAGAAGAGAGAAAGGCCAACCGUCUUACUCGGACACCGAUAGCGAAUGGAGUAGUUUAGAAAGAAGGCAGCGCGCCAGUGAAAUCUAUUCGAAGGUUAGUAGAAAAGGUGGCACCCAUAAAAGACAACGAAAGAAAAGAACCGCCAUACCGGUACAACCCCCACGAGUACCACAACUCGGUUCGUUCACGCUUCCAUCCGUACAUACCCCAGUGUCAGACGUCGAUAACGAUAAAGUUGCCUUGGCUACCGACUCCAAUUCCGAGUCAACGGACGGCAGCGAGCCCGAGCAGUUUCCUCCGCCGACUAGCUCUGACAUUCGUAUGAGAUUCUCUCAAAAACGGUCUCUUAGUUUAAAGAAAAGGAUGCCAGAAGCUGCCAAUACUCACCAUUUUAAUAUUCAGCUGAAUUCGAUGGAUAUGUAUCAAAGUCAAGGUUUACUACACGAUGAUGAAUCUAGUUUAGACGUUUCUUCUCCCAGAGACAACAAUUCCCCGAUGUUCGGAGUGUUGCCUAAGAUGAAAGAGUCUGACUUGGAGAAGAUACUUCGUAAACGAGAAAAGCAAAAAGCGAAAGAUGAUUCCAAAUUGGAAAAACGUAGAUUGAAAGAAGAAAAGUUACGAAAAGUCGCCGAAGAAAGAGACAAGAAGAAACAAAAAUCUAAGCAGAAACCGACACCAUCCAAACUAGCUGAUUUUAUUCAAUCUGAUAAAAAUUACGUUCCCAGUUUUAUGGAAAAGUGCGUUAGGUUUAUCGAAAGUGAAGGUUUAGAUUCGGAGGGAAUAUACCGAGUUCCUGGCAAUAGAGCUCAUGUAGAUUUACUCUUUACCAAGUUCGAAGAAGAUACCAACGUCGAUAUUCGCGAUCUAGACAUUCCUGUUAACGCUGUAGCCACAGCACUAAAAGACUUUGUAUCCAAAAGACUCCCACCGCUGUUCGAACCCGAGGUUAUGACUGAAAUGGAAGAAAUCGCAGGAACUAGAUUAAAACCGAUGGUAACAACUUGCGGUAAUCUAGAGGUGAAGAAUGAUCGUAGCUGCAGAUUGCUGGCUUUGAGGAGUAUGCUCGACAAAUUGCCUCCUAUAAACUUUCAGAUAUUGAAAUUCAUCUUUCAGCAUUUCGUUAGAGUGACUGAGAAUUCCAAACUGAACAGUAUGGAUAGUAAGAACCUAGCAAUAUGUUGGUGGCCUACUUUAUUACCGAUAGAAUUUAGUGACAUGGGCAGAUUUGAGCAGAUGCGACCAUACUUGGAAGACAUCGUCCAGACGAUGAUCGAUCAAUAUCCGUUUUUGUUUUGUGGAAAGGAGGCUUUUGUAAUGGUUUAAAAGCUUAUAGAUAUAAAAACCACGCACAAUUCGCUAUCAUUUAGCCUCUGUUCGGUGUUUCGCCACCCAUUGUUGUUAAAUUGAGAGGCCUUUUAUGUUAAUUUAGGAGAAGAAUGGGUAGAGCAAAGAGUAAGAAUGUUCCACUAAUUGUUAUUAAUGGUGUGAUGACCCAGUGGUAAUUUGUAUUUUUACAUUAUCCUAGAUGGAGUAUUUCAAAUUGCUGUAUGAAACUUUUAUAAAUGAAACGUAUGAACAAUGUUCAGUGUACUUUGACUGGGUUGUUGUCUUAGGAUAGUCAAUGUUGUAUCUUUUUCAAAUAUCAACGAGAACGUAGCUCGGCUACUUUGUCCAUUGUUGGAGAUUUAUUUUGAGUAAAAUCGACACUUUCAACUUACCGAGACGAUUUUUUUACCGAAACCUAUAACUACUCGAAGGCUAAACACACAAUCUUGAUUCAAAAACUACGGGAAUACUUCACGAAAUCAACAAAUUGUAUAUACUUCAUUCUCAUAUUGAAGAAGUUUCAAAAUAAUUAUAUUUCCCAAACCAAAUAAUUUUAAAACAUUCAUAAACUUACAUCAAUUUUGCGUUUUCAUUAAAGUACCAAAAAAUUUGGAAAACGAUCGUUUUUCUUGCAAGUGAAUCCGAACUCAUCUGAUCUCAAUCGUCCACGAUACACAACCGCACGCCACAACCUCGACAACACCCCUACCCGACGCCAACCAAAACCUGUGGAGAAGAUCUUAGAUAGUCCACCAGGAGAAGAAUUGGCGCCUCCUUCUCACGAGCCUGUGCUCAAUUUUCCGUCCGACGAGUUAUUUUUUCCAUCAUCACAAAUCAGAGUUGUCAUUACACGCCUCGCUACAAAAUCCUUUGCAUUGGCCAGUUGACAUGGAAAUCCUAAAUAUCGCUACUAGUGUAGGAAACAGAGGUUGAACCUUGCAAAAUGGACACAAGUCCGGUUUUAUUUUUUUUCUGGUAUAUCAAGGGGUGCUUAUUAUAAGACUAACUUUUUCUUAAAAAAUUUCGCCCCGGAACCCCCCUUUUCAUCCCUUUAAAGGGGGUAAUUUGUGGUUUUUGCGAAACGUAGCCCUUCCUGUACGUUUUGCAAAAAAUUUGCUUAAUAGUAAAAUGAAGAGGAAUAUAUUUCCUACUAUUUAUUUCUCGGCAGCAUAUGUCUAUCUCUAUCACCUACCGUUUAGCGGGGGGUGGCGCCCCAAAGUUGACAAGUUUUUAAAAAUGAUGUUUUAAAAAAAAUUAUUUUUCCCUAACUGUAAUGAAAAUUGAGAAAAAACCCUGGGAAGAUUAAUCACAAAUAAGUGGCUAAUUUUUUUAUAUAGGUUUCAUUUAAGGGCAAUUGCCCAUUUUUAAAAGUGAUUUUCUUGGAAUUUUUCACACACCAUGCCCUUUAUUAAAAUGCUUCAUAUAUCAUUUUGUGCACGUUCUUAUUACCCAUGCAUGGACACCAAAAGCGAUUUCUCAAUGCAACCCCUGUAGCAAAAAAAAAUAAAUAAAGGGGGGUUGAAAAUAUUUUUUUUUUUGCUUUUUGACCCAUAAGGACAUAUGCUCCAUCAAUAGGGUUUUUCAUAAAUAUAUAUGAUUAUUGCAAAAUCCCUGCGGAAACUUGAAAAUAUACUGCAGAAACUAUCCAUAUCCCUUGGAGAGCAUGUUUUGACGAUUUUCUCAUUACCUAUGCAUUUUUUAAAACAAAACUUAUACAGAAUUAAAGACCACUAUUUUCUCUACAAAUAAGGUCCUAUGCAUCUUUUUCGUAUAAGCAACCGUUACGGCACAGUGGCGCCGUAAGCUUCAGAAAUGCUUUGGCGGGCUAAAGUUUUUUUUUCGUCACCUAUUCAUUUUAUGGAUAACGUACAUGGAAAAUAUGGCUCAAAAUCAAUUUUUGAUUAUUUUUUUUAUUAAUUCUCCUUUUUUUUUGGGUGGUUCCGGGCAAGAUAUGGGGGUGCAUUAUACAAAUUUGUAAAUAACGACUACUACAUGGAUAAUCGCUGAAAGUUGUUUUACUCUAGCAUAGGCGGUGCAGAUGGUAUAAAAAGGGGUUUUUAAAAUGUAAUUUAAAAAAUUUGCAAUUGCUCUUAAAUGAAACCUAUACCAAAAAAUCAGCCACUUAUUUGUGAUUAAUUGCCGCAGGGUUUCUUCUUAAUUUUCAUUACAGUUAGGGAAAAAUAUUUUUUUAAAAAACAUCUUUUUUAAAAAUUUGUCAACUUUGGGACGCCACCCCCGCUAAACGGUGGGUGAUAGACAUAUGCUGUCGGGAAAUAAAUAGUAAGAGAUAUAUUCCUUUUCAUUUUACUAUUAAGUAAUUUUUUACAAAACGUACAGGAAGGGCUACGUUUCGCAAAAACCACAAAUUACCCCCUUAAAGAGAUGGAAAGGGGGGUACCGGGGCGAAAUUUUUUAAGAAAAAGUUACUCUCAUAAUAAGCACCCCUCUUGAUACACCAGAAAAAAAAAUAAAACCGGACUUGUGUCCAUUUUGCGAGGUUUAACCUCUGUUUCCUACACUAUACUUAUGGGCCAACAAUAGUAUGUAGAUAUGAGCGUUUUCCAGGCCAGACAGGUCAGUCGGCCAGACAUAGAAUUGUCUACACUUUUAAAGCUCUCUUGCUGGGGCAUUGCUCCUUCUCCUCACCUCUAGACACUGAAUCUGAUUUCAUUUUUAACGUCUUUCCCAGGGAUAUCUAUCUGCUAAUAAUAUAGGGAUAUUCUGCUAAUAAUACCUACCAAGAUCCCCCGCGAAAUAUCUGUAAAAAAGUCUGAAUCAACUAACCAUAACAUUAGAUCCGUAACGGCCUUCUCCAGUUGAUUCUACAAGAGAAGAUAAAUGGCAAAAUAUGACCUGAAAGACGCCGUUUUUUCUUACUUCGUGGCGUUACAAUCCUUCGUGGGUUUUAGCAGACUCUACAACAUGCCUCUACUCUUGUCUGUCUUAAGCAAUCUCUAUUCAGUUCUACAUAGUACAUAGCUUUCAAGUCUCCUGCUAUAUUAUUAUCUCGCCACCGGAAUCGACGGCGUCCACGUGGUCUUCUAGUUGGGACUACUUCCGUUCUCCUGACUACAAAUAAGGUAAAUAGAGCCAUGGUUAUUGUCAAAAUUGGGUGCGGAUAGGUACCACAAGAAGAAGAAAGUCAUAUUAGCUACAUAUAAUGUAAGCAGCAAGACAGCUCGCUCUCUUCCUUCCGGCAAUCUAUUUAUUCAUGCUUUUCUUAUUCUUAGAGUCAUCUCUUCUAUACAGUUUCUUUUUCUUCAUUUCAGAAUAGCAGUUUGUUGGUUUGUGAAGCAGAUAUUGAUCUUAAACAAAACCAAAAAGUUUUUAAAUCAAGUAUGUUCGGAUGCUGCCAAGUCCUAAAAGUUGUGAAAAUUUUAUUAUAAAAAAAUAUGACAAUAAUAUUUAGCAUUAUUUUCAAUUCAAUGACCUUUCGGCGUAUUCCAGGUCAGAACUGAUAAGUGAAAGAGGCUGUUUAGUGUUCGAGAUCGACAGCAAACAGACUCUUUAUUUUCUAAAAAGUAUACUUGGGGGCCUUAUUUUUGUAGUAACAAAAACGAUGUGUAAAUUGUCAAUUAUAUCUUGAGUAUAUAUUUGCUAGAAAGGACGGUCAACUGAUUUUUCAAUUCAGUUACAUGUAGGACAGACAAGGCCCCUUUCAAACGUUUUUGUGUAAGUUGCAGUCAAUUUUUAUGCAUUAUACGAAAUUUUUUAAAAGAAAAAUGCAUUUUUAAAACAUGCUGAAUACAUUUCCAUGGAAAACGAUAUUUUUUAUACAUUGUGACAAGUUUUUUUUUAUAUUGGAGAAAUUUAUCCCAUAUUAUUUCUUUUGAAGACCUUCCACGCAUAUUAGUUUUUGAAUUUUUUUAGUGACACAAUUGUCACUAGUACGACGUUAACGGAUUUACGUCAUUUUCAAAGGUCAUUGUCAAAUGCCAUUGUCUAAUGUCAUUGAUGACGUGUAAUUGACUUCAAAAGAAAUAACAUUAUUCUCAAUUGAUAAAUAGGUCUAGGAUACCAUCAUAUCUUUGAUUCGAAUCGUUUUCAAUGGAAAAUUUAACAUCGUCUAACGGGGAUAUGGAUUGAAUCUGGUAAAGAAAGGUUGAUAAAUACUUGCUGCAUCUAAACACCCAGCCUUCGAGUAGUUACGUUGCGUACGAAAAUUUGUCAAGUAGUUUUUGAGGUGUGGUCCUCGAAAGAAAUAUGAUUAUAUUUAAAAUCUAAUACAAACGCAAGACUGAGUCAUUGAUAUAUGACUUGGAGUGCCAAUAUAUAUAUUUCUAGUCUGAGCAAUUAUGACAGUUAUUUGUUUAACUUUUUAAUGCGGAUUGGCUAUAGUGAAGUUAUAUGUCUCUGUUAGUUUUCUCGUCUUUUUAGUUGAAAUAAUACUUGAAUUGUUUUGGUUUUCUCAUAUUUUAUAAGAUAAAUACGAUAUAACAAAUCUUAAUGAUAUAAUGAUAAGCCAUUCCUAAUUUUAUCUUUUUUUUUGUCCCUGAAUAUGAACAUGCGCUCCACCAUAUACUUAGUGGCGCGAAGAUGCUUCCUCAGUUUCAUCAGAAAUUAAGUAUUGGGAUAUUGAGCAUCUACAUUCUUUAUCCUUCUAUUCUUUGUAGUCUACAUUAUCUUAGUAUUAUUUUUUGGACAGAUAUCGUGUUUGCUUUGUUGAUCAUUUUCUUGAUCAUCUUUGUCCUCAGUGGUGGCGUGUCCACCUUUGCGUGGCAAGUUACACUACUUCUUCUUCACGUGCCAUAUCAGAAUUAUCAGACGUUGCCGAUCAUUAUUGCGAAGGCUUCUAGAUCUUCUGCAAUAUGGAAUAAUUGUCCUGCAUUUGAUAUCUGAGUCCAUUCACGAAUGUUUUUUAAUCAAGUAACUUGUUUUCGUCAACUUUAGCAAUUCUCUGUCUAUCUUGACCUUCCUUAGUACAUCUUGUAUUAGAUCUUCUUGCUGUUCAAGGUAUCUUCAAUCGACCAAGGCCAUCAAACUCGCAAAAAAAAGGUAUCUUGGCAUCUUGGCAAAACUUUUACAAAUUUUAUUUCUCCUUUGGACUUUCCUUUGAUUCUUGUACUGCAUGCAGAAGAAGCAGUGGUAAGGUAAGGUGAAGACUGCAACAGAUGACGAAUUUGUAUAUUUAUAUAGACAAAUGGUCUAUGAGUCUAGAUAUUCGGUAAACAAUGAAAUAUAAUUUUUGUGAAGUGAACGAAUGUUUUUAAAAGUUUCGUUUGGCGCAUAUCUAUUCAUUUCGCAAUACUAUUUUUUAUACAUUAUUUACACCAUUUUUCAAAAUAGCUUUUGGAUUUGUACCAAAAUAUGUAGAAAACAAUUUAAUUCCAAUAUUAUUUUAACAUGAAGGCGAGAAAACUUGAAAAAUUAUUGAUACGUCCAGUAACACAGAAAUGUGCAGAGUAUACAAAGAAUAUUUCAGAUGUAUAGGUUUGUUUAGUAACUUCAUUAUAAUGGCAAAGAUUAUAAUGCCAGGAGUAGGUUAACUAUAUUUUUAAUAUUCAUUCCCGCUAUCCAACGCGUUCUUAGGGUCCAGGUUGUGAGGCAGGCUCCCAUAGGAGAAAUGUUUCUGAUUCGGUUCCUUUGAGGAUUCAUGUUCAACAAUGUCCCCUUUAAACAAAUCUGAAGGUUGCCGGGCGAAAUUUUUGGGCAGAAAUUGUUUAACAAUCUUUUUAAACAAAUUCCAAAAACAUACAUUUUUCUACUCUGGAAUAUUUUUUUGGUUUUCUUGGCCAUUUUAAAUAAAAAAUGUCUCUCUAAAGUUGAUAGAUUUCGAGUUAUAUGUGAAAAUACGCAUUUUCGAGGCUUGAAAACUCAUAUUCAUGUAUGUAAAUUAUUAUUUUUGAGGUUACCAUGUGCCUAAAUUGAUGUUUAAACAUUCAAUUUCGAGAUUCAAAAUAGUAAACGGGGCUUAUUUCGAUUAAGUCCGUUAUUUUUUAAUUGUUAAUUGUGUGCGUCCACUCGAUUUUUAAGCCACCGUGGAGUGUCGCACUAUAUGGUGCGUCUCUGUCGCACUUAUACAAUGUUAUACGUGAAAAAUUCCCAACAAAUAUUUGUGUCAUUUAUUAAAAUUUUGUAAUUUAUUAUAAAUUUAAUAUAGUUUUUUAAAUAAUUUAUUUGGGUGCGUCAGAAGUCAAACGGUGCAAGUGAAGUUCUCCCUAAAAAUUACUCACGCCCGGUUUGAUAAUCAACUUAAAGUGAACAUUAACUAAAGUUCACUUUAAGGUUGACAUUUACACAUGAAUUGCAUUGAUAAAGGUACCAACCUAAAAUUUAAAGUCCACUUUAACUGAUUAUGAAACCGAGCGUAAUGCGAUGUAACACCAAAGAAUACGCCAAGGACAAAUAGCUUUUGUCUUUGUUUGUAUUUAUGAAUAUAGUAAUUGUAUUAUGAAUAAAGACGGUUUAUUUAUUUUUAAUGGCUCCUCAUAUUUCCGCAACUAUUUUCACAAACAUCUUAUUAUCUCAUUUCAGACAUUUAUUGACUUCACCGAUUGGCUUCUCGGGCAUCGAUUUAUUAAAUUGAUUAUUGCCAAUGUGCUAAUUAAAUACGCCAAUCAUAACAAUAUAAUAAUUGUUAAUAACGUAUUGUUAUUUUAUCUUUUUGAAAUGAGCAAAAAAGGUGACUUUUGGAAUUUGUUGAAAAAUAUUGUUUAAACAAAUUCUGUCCAAAAAUUUCACCCAGCAUCCUUCAAAUUUGUUUAAAGGUGAUAUUUUUUAACAGGAAUCCGCAAAUAAAUCGAACCAGAAACAUUUUUGUUACGGGAGCUGCCUCACCACCUGGACUAACUAUUAAUUUUGUUUUUCAAUAGAGCAAAAAGGUGUAUAUUUCUUUAAGAUUAUCUACCAAAAUAUGAAAACAAUGUAGUAGGUAAUACGAGUUUUAUAAAUGUAUAUAUUUCACUGGUAUUGUCAUUUUAUUGAAUUUAAAAUUAUUUUCCGUUUAGCUAAUUUUUUUUUUGUUUCAUUAGUGAUAAACGCUGUGAUAUAUUAUUUUAAAUUUUGUAAUGUCUUUUAUUUAUUCUCUCAUGAACUGCAAGACAGUGGAUUUAUGUUUUUUUUUGUAAGUUUAGGUCAAAUUGAUGUAGUAUGUUUAGUUAAUAUUGUUAUUAUUAUAUAUUUCGGGGACCCCACAGGAUAUAGACGUAGUAUAUCCAGAAACACUUUUUAUAUCCACAUGUUUUUCACUGGUUAAAAGGUGUGGAGUUUUAAGUAAGUUCGGGUGAGUCUUUGAAACAGGACAAAUCAAUGUAGUUGAAAACAAAAAUCUUGGUUUAAUAGGUUAUUCCAAGGUUAGGCUACUGCCGACGAAGGUUAUUUUAUUAUCUAUUAUUACACAUUAAUAUCGAGUCAAAGCAAACCUUAUACGACUCAGGUUAAAAAAUCAAUAUUUAAUACAUGACAUAAAUAAACGAUUCUAAACAAUAUUUACAAAACUCAUUCUCAGAUUGAUUUUAGGAAAAAAAUUAAAGAGAUCAAAAUUGUAUAAAAUAUAAUUGUCUCCAUUUUUGUUUAUGUCCUAAAGUUAAUAAAAAUCGAGAUUGGAUUCAGUAAUGCUGCUUCCCCUUCGGAUAUUUUCGCACUUAAAUCGGAAAAUAUCGACCGCACGAAAAAAAAUCGUUCGAAGGAAAUCACAUUUGCAACAAUUUCAGUUCCUAUCAUUUUUAUCGAAAAUUUAAAAAUGGCGAAGAUAUAUUGAACAACAACUCUUUUAAAAUCAAGAUGGCGGCUAACACAACGGCGAAAUUCAGUCGCCAUUUUAAAUUUACAAUACUGUUGACCUCCCUUAAAGUUAGAAAUAUAAAAUUUGGGCAGUUCAAAAACGAGAUUCAAUUCAAUGAUAUUUUUUUGUGCGGUCGAUAUUUCCUCUUUAACUCGGAACAUAUCGACUGCGCAAAAAAAAUUGUUAAAAAGAAAUUGUAGAAAAUCGCAUUUGGAACAAUUUCAGUUACUACCAUUUUUGUCGAAAAGUUUAAAAUGGCGGAGAUAUUGAGCACUAAAAGUUCUCCUUUAAAAUCAAGAUUGCGACUACUGCAACGGCGGAAUUCAGUCGUGAUUUUAAAUUUACACCACCAUUAUUGACACCCCCUAAAAGGUUGAAUAAUAAAAUUUCUGGCAGCUCGCUAUGCAAGGUCAAAUCCAAUCCCGACUGCAGUAGAAUAGUGGUACGUUGUACUCUCUUUAUAGUUAUUUUUCCUUCGGAGGUGAGAUGAACAAAUCGACAGAAAAACGGUGGAAAUUCUAGUCGUGGUCAUAACUUUCUGAACCGAUUUUAUUGCAUUCUCAUAAAAAAAUCUAAGUAGUAAUACAACACUCCCAAAUAAAUGCAAUAAUUCGGUUACAAUAUAAUUUUUUAAUAUUGUAACAUUUUUACAUUUAUUUAUUAUAUUAUGUCUUUUCAACGCUUUAUUUUAAUUGAAAACACUUAAUUUAUAUUUUUUAUUUUUUGUACGUAUUUACACACACUUAUUAUUCCUAUUUAUUAUUUACAAUAACUUAUAACGCAUAUAUUAUACUAAAAACAUAAUGUAUGUCUACUUUGUACAAUUUAUUUAUUUGACGUUUUUAAUUCACGCGACAUUCAAAUCACGACUGAGCCUAAAGCCCAAACAAUUUAACAACGGAAGCGGUCAGGACCGGCUUCCAUUUGGAAAUUGUAACAAUAUACUAUUUUAUUUGUCCCCGCCAAAUUUCUCACUUUACAAGUUUACUACCUAGUCGUACUAGUUAGUCGUAACAGAAAUAUAAAAUAUACAAACGGAGAGUUUUUAUAAUUUAUAUUUUGGGAAUUGUGCAAUAUUACUAGAAGUGGCUAGAUUUACAGGUAAAUAUGUCGAUGAAAAUGAAGUAGGUACACUUUCCGUCAUAAAAACUGGUACACUUUUUUUUCCCAAUGUAAACCUGUGUUCAGACUGGACACAAUAGUUCGUGAAUCACUUCGUUGUUGCCAUAACAGAUAACGAAAUUGCACUAAAUCUAAAUACAAAAAAAUGACUUUUAAAAAUGUAUAAAGUUUUCAGAUAGGUAUUAUACCAUCAUUGAAGAAACCUGAGAAAGCUUGGACGAAGAUGAAAAUUUAUAACUAAAUUUAAUUCUCAGUGCCCAGAAGAUUACAAGAAGUGAUUAAUAAUAAUGGAGCUAUGACAAAAUAUUAAUAUUUCAGCAGUUUCGAAUUGUAAUACAUAUAUAUUUAAAUUCCACACUUGUUCACUGCAAAAGUUAUUCAUAUUAUAUUAAUUUCAAAUCAUUUUUUUUUCCCCGUGUGUUUAUUCUAUUGUCCUUUUCAUGAUCAUUUUUCAGUGGGUAACAAAUGAUAGGAAAAAGGGUAAGUCCGUGAUAAUACACAUUUAUGACAUUUAUUCUAACAUGACAUUUUAGUUAAAUCUGACAGUUGUCAAAUUUUAUUUUCAAUUUGGAAUAAAAACAAAUCAAAUGUGUUUCUUGCAUUUAUAAAAUGGUAUUUUCUUUGAUUUGUAUAGUUUUAUAAAUUAUACAGAUUAUAUUUGUAAUAUUAUUAUCUAAUUAAAAAAAAAUAUUUUUUUAUUAUGGCGCCAUCUAUCGACAACUAGAAUAACUAGAAUAAAUGUUAUAGAAAUGUCACCGACGAAAUGUAAUCACCGACGUGCCUUUUUUUCUGUCACAUACAAUUUAAUGCGUUAGAAAGAAAUCGAAAAACUGUGACGCACUGAAAGAUGAUCAUGAGAAAUACUGUAGUAUCCCACAACUCAAUAGAGUUUUGUAUUUACAGUACAAUUUACGAGAAACCAAUCACGCUUCUCGAUUUUAAUUUAAACAUAAUUUAAAGUUAUGUCUAGAUUUAUUAACUGUCAUUAUUUUUGAAUUGAAAUAUUUUCAUAAAUUAUAAUAAAACACGAAUCAAUGUAUGGGUACUUAAUUGAGAUGACUGGCAACGUUGCCCUUGAAAUUAGAGUGACACAUUUGACAAGAUCAACUUAUACAACUUGAAAAAGCCGAUUUUCGGUUAUAAGAGUUGUACCAGUUUUUUAUGACUCGAAGUGUACAUACUAAUGAAAUGAAAUAAUAUAAUGUACAAUUAUUUGACGUCUAACAAAGGGACAGCGAUAGAUAAAACACCAAUAAGAAUCUUUUGUUUGUGAUACAUUGAUUUGUUUUGGACAAAAUAAGGUAUCUAUAAAAGUAUUUAAACAAAAUCUUUAUAUUAAGUUUAGUAACAAAAAUACUCAACCCGCCUUUUAUUUUUAGUAUCUACUAAUUUUUUAUUUAAAAUAACGAUGCUGCUAUUGGAAAACAAAGAUGUAAAUUAUAUUUAUUUUUUUUAUCGAUAUACGCAUUUUUUUUUUGCUUCGCCGCUUUUACACAACCUUAUUUAAAUUUUUCGUUUAGGUCAUUUAACGCGAAGGUAUUGUUAAGUGAAUUUUCGUAAACAUCGAUGAUUCUGUCAAUAAUUUUGAUAAUGAGUAUUUUAUCAAUGUGAGAAACGUCGAAUUAAGUGUCCGAUGUAUCCGUGUAAGUGACGCUUGAUGUUUCACUUUUCAUUUUUUGGAGCAGAUCGUAGGUCCAAAGGUUAAUCUUGUAGAAAAUAAUCUUAUAUAAAAAAAUAUUUUAUACACGAGUAGGGAUGUUUAAAAAUGCCAUGAACCUUCAAAACGCUUGCCCGAACAAAAACGAAUCCUAAAAACAUUGCGCGUUAGAGAAAAAAUGGGUCAUUUUUAUGUCUAGAAUUUUCUAAACCUGUUGUCCAAUUUAAGUGAUUUUUUUAAAUAUGUUAUAUCCUUAUUCUUUAACAAUAUCGCUGUAAUAAUAUUGUUUUUAUACCGGUAAAUUGUUAUUGUAUACCGGGUGUACCAAAUAAACUGUAGUUUUUCUCAAAGUUCACCACACCCUGUGGAGUAUUCUUGCAUUUAUAAAAUCUUCUAUAAAUCUUCUUCUUUUGGCUUCAUAACCCUAGAUUCUAGAUGGAUCUUUACCUGUCUGGCUAUGUCCUUCCAUUUAGAUCUCUCUUGGGCCCUUCUUCUCCAUUGUCUUAUAUUCAUAGCAUUUAUAAAAUUGGUUUAUGGUGGAUAAUAAAAAAGUUAGGUACUUUAACAACUAGCCAUGUUCUUCAUCAAUACAGGGUGUUUCUAAAUAAGUGCGACAAACUUUAAGGGGUAAUUCUGCAUGAAAAAAUAACGACCGUUUGCUUUAUAAAGAUAUGACCGCAAGUGCUUCGUUUCCGAGAUACAGGAUGUUUAAUUUUAUCUUACAAACUGACGAUUUAUUUAUUGCUCUAAAACCGGUUGAGAUAUGCAAAUGAAAGUUGGUAGCUUUUAAGAGGUAGUUAUUGAGCAUUUUUUGAUAUGCAAUUAAGUUAUUUAGGUUAUUAUUUAUUUUAGGUUAUUUUAUAUUCUCCAUUGGCGCGCAUACGGAUCAUAUGACCCAUAAAGGCCAUAAGUGUCAUAAAUGCAAAAGUUCGGGUAGACCGGGAAUUGUGUAUGAUAAAGAUCGACAACUACGUGUGAAAAUUUGCAAAGUGGGCCGUCGCAACACUUAACGAGCUACCACAGCACAAUAGAACGCAGAAACAGGAAAGAAUGUACGAAGGAAGUACUGCAGGAAAUGUUAAAUCGUAAUUUUUUAUUGAAUGCGUCAUUUUUCAUUCCUCGUAAUGUUUUAGCCGAAAGAAAAACCUCUGCCAACAGAGAAGCAAAGAACAAAUCGCUUCAAUUGGGAAAAAUCGAAGAGUUCAUGAACCACUGAUCUGAUGACGGGUCCAGAGACAUAUUCAAUGACAAAUCGAAAUUUAUUUUUCGGGUUAUUAAUUAGUAUAAUGAAGCAUUCCAUUUCCAAAGAUCUCAUGCUUUUUAUUUAACAGCUCUAAGGGUUUGUUCACUACGGAGACCAUCGCAUCGUAUCCUAGCCUAGAGCUUAGUAUCGUACUCUUCAUUUUGGUGAACGCUCGCAUUUAAAAUAAUGCAUCUGGCGAUCGAUAAUAUGGUACGAGCAGUACGAGGGAUACCAGGGAGCGAGGGUCGGCGGCUCGUCGUGAGCACAACUUAAUACUCUUUCACCUCUUUGUAUAGCAAAAUAUUGUUAUUUCCCAAAUUUUAAAAGUCUCGAAUAGUUACUCAUCUGUAGAAUCUCGAAUUUGUUUUAUAGGGCUUUUCAUUCACAGUCAUUUGUUUCGAGCUUCUGUCGUAUGUCGUAUAAUCCGUGUAUAUUAAUAUUAUACAACAUAUGACAAAAGCUCGAAACAAAUGACAAUCGAUGGAAGGCCCUAUUUUAUGGGCAUUAAACAUUUGCGACUUGUCAUUUUCAUUGCUAUUUGUCACUUAUUUAAUACUUGUCAUUUGAAAAAUGACACUUGACAAGUAUUAAAUAUUGCGGAUUUCAGUUCUGAUAGUAUUUUUAGAGGGUUUGGUUGAUAAAUUUUUAAAUACAUCAUUUAAAACUGUCAUGACAUUAUUUUCUAUUUUAAAUAAGGAAAUCAUACGAUAACAUCAUAUUUGAACCUUUUGACCUACGACCUUGAAAGAAAAUUUGCUGGUACUGGAAAAUGGAGUUAUAUUGUUAAUGAAGGCUUUUUAAAUUCUUCAAAAAAAUAAAAAUAUUUUAAUACGUACCAUAUAAUACAGAUACAAAUAUUAUGCGAAACACUUCUGUCAAAAUAUGAAUCUGCCAAUUUAGAAAUCUCCCCCAAGCCUCCAUUAUCAAAUAUUUUCUCUUUUGAUAUUGUAGAAUCCCUACACUGUGCCACCAAAUGCGGAAUCCUCUGCUUAAAGGCCUGGAUCCCGCGUACCAAAAAAAAAGUUUAUUAAUAGCAAGCCGAAAAUUUGUUAAUAGCUUAACGGUGUCUAGUCGGACAAACUUUGAUGUAUGGGAACACUGGAACAGGGGAAGUUUUAAUUGUGGAACGUGAUUUUAAUUGUGGAACUUGUCAUCUUGACAAGUUUAUGACUGAAAAUUAGCAGGUUGUUUUUAAGUGUAUUCAAUAGCUAACUUAAUAUAAUAUAUGAAAAAAUGAUUGUCCAACAAAUAUGUUGGGCAUUUUAAUUAAGUCCGACACGUAGAACAUGUCAAAUGACAGGAAUUAUGUUGGUGAUAAAUAAUAGCAGUCUGAUUUUUGCAUUGAGAGUUUAAUGAAAUGGUAACAAAUCAAUUUGAAGUUUUGUACGACAAAAUACAUGGAACGUUUUCGUAGUCUGACGUUCGAAACUUGUAACCUGUUCCACAAUUAAAACUUCCCCUGUUCCAGUGUUCCCGCACAUCAAAGUUUGUCCGACUAGACACCGUUAAGCUAUUAACAAAUUUUCAGCUUGCUAUUAAUAAACUUUUUUUGGUACGCGGGAUCCAGGCCUAUUAACCAUAAAGUCUACUUUACAACACUCCAAUUUUUUUUUGAUUGUAUCACAUAUCAAGCCAAAUUUUAACGUUUAAGCACAUAAUCGUGCUGCUAGUUGUAGGAAUUGAUGUGCGAAACAAUAAAUUAUUUUAUGAUAUAGAUGUGAUUGGUUUUUGCAUAACAAUGUAUGUUCUUUGGACGAAAAAUCUAUGAAUAUUAUUUAACAGAUUUCAUAAUUGACCGAAUAAGUAAUGAAGAAUGUAUAUGAUCAGGUAAUAAUGACUUCAGUUUAAAUGACUUUUCGUAUGCGGUAACCGCGUACUUUGUUAAGAAUACAUACGUAUCUUAAAUAUUGAUUUUAGCAAAAAAUGAAAGGUCAAAAUUGUAUAAAAUAUAAUUCUGUCCAUUUUUGUUUAGGUGCACUUAGGUACCUAUAGGUAAACUUAAUAAUUAACAAUAUAAUUCAAUAAUUAUGCUUUAACUGUCACUAUUUUCUCCAUUAACUCGGAAAAUGUUGACCUCACGAAAAAAAUUGCAAAAAAGAAAUUAUAAUAAUUAUGCUUUAACUGUCACUAUUUUCUCCCUUAACUCGGAAAAUGUAGACCUCACGAAAAAAUUUGUAAAAAAGAAAUUAUAGCAAAUCGCAUUUGCAACAAUUUCAGUCCGUAUCCUUUUUGUCUAAAAGUUGAAAAUGGCGAAAAAGAUAUUGAGCAAAAACCUUUAAAAUCAAGAUGGCGGCUAACGCAACGGCGGAAUUCAGUGGCGAUUUUAAAUUUACACUACUAUUAACCCACCCCUGCAGAUUAGAAAUAAUGAAAUUUUGGGCAGCUUGACAUGCAAGGUCAAGUGCUAUCCAGACUGGACCAUUUGCAGAGUUUUUUAAUAACCUAAAAUCAAAGAUUAACAAAACAAUAAUACUAAAAUAAUGAUACCGGUUUUAAAGCAAUGGUCUCUUUUUUAUUAACAACAAUCAAAAUUUACCCUGAAAUCAGAAUUUACGGGAUCAAGUUACGUUUUUAACAUUGUUUAAGGAUUCUUACGUAAUUUGUUAAAUGAAUUCGUAGGUUUUCGUGUAAAGGAACUUCAAUUACAUCGAGUUAAAAAGAUCUGCCAUGUACAAAAUUAUAUUUUGUUUCGAAUGAUGACUGUGAGACAAAAUGAUUAUUUGUUUUAAGCAUUUCUUCAGUGCUAUUAUUUAAUAGUAAUUGAAUAUAAAAUACUGUUGUUGUUUUAUCAUAUUCAAGGAAGGUAAUAGGGUUAAAUCUUGAUUUAAAAAUAUUUUAACGGAAUAGAAAAUUGUUUUUAAAUAGUGGUUUAUGUAUUCGAGAUAAAGAGACCAGAUAGAAUAGGGCAAAAUAUAACAAAAACCCAUAUAACUUUGCAAUAGAGGAGAGUUUUAAAUAUCUCGGAGCGACAAUCGCCGCAGAUAACGAUAUCACGGAAGAGAUAAAAGGGAGAAUUUAGGCAGUAAAAAGAAGUAUGUAUGUAUAGCCUUCACAACACUAUUAAAUCUAAGAGCUUAACAUGAACUUAAAAAUCAGGAUAUAUAAAGCAGUGAUUAGGCAGCUGCUCAUGUAUGAGUGUGAGAUGUGGACGCUGACAAAAGCAGUGGAAAGAAAACUCGGAUGUUUUGAGAGAAAAAUCAUCAGAAGAAUAGACCGUAUCAUGACACGAAUACUAACCAAUACAGAAUGAUAACCAAUACAGAUGCCGAGGUUAAACAGAUGUAUAGGGCUAGCGACGUAGUCCAAGAGAUUAAUGCCUGUUUGCACCCACAGAUCUUAAGCUCCAGCUUAGCUAAGCUCAGCUUAUACUUUAAUACUGGGGCCACACUAGCAUCUAAUGCCGUUAAUUAUCACAUUAUUUGCAUUAGAAAUAUGUCAAAUAAUGAGAUAAUUAACGGCAUUAGACGCUAGCGUGGCACCAGCAUAAGGAUUUACAUUUAUAUUUAAGCUUAAGGUACGUUUUAAGUUUAAUAUCUGUUGGUACCACCAGGCAUAAAUCUCAACAACUAAGAUGGGCUGGCGAUGUCCACAGACUCUCUAAUAACCGCCUUACCAAGUUAAGCUGGGAGGAAGCCCCGACAGGAAGAAGGCCCUUAGGACGUCCAAGAAUGCGGUGGAGAGAUAACAUGGUCAAAUUUAAGAACAGUGGGGCGACCCACGACUCAACUAUCAUGGACGAAAGUUCUAGAUGGAAGCGAGUUGUGCAGCCAGCUAAGACCCACCCCGGGUUGUAGUGCUACUAGAAGAAGAUGAAGAAUGUAAUUUAUAUUAUUUAUAUACAUCAAUCAAUCCCUUAAACAAUCGUAAGCAAUCCUAUUCUUAGGAAUGUCCGAAAUCAUCACAACGUAUUAAGAACUAAAAUUUGGUCAUACAAGAAAACCACUACUAAAAAUGCAGUAAAAUUAUUACGAUUUUUACUAGCUUUUUAUAAGGCAUAUAGGUCCAGCGCAGAGGUCGCAACUGUUUUAAAACUACGAUCUGAAACCAAUUGCUCUCGCAACUGUUUUGUUGCAACCGUAAAAGCAUGGGGAUACGAUCCGCAUGAAACUGGUUUCCAACCUUUGUUUUAAAACAGUUGUGUCAUGGGCGCUGGACGCUUGAGUUUUAUAUAUUAUAAAAAUGGGUGGUGUCACACGGGAUGGUAUGUCAUUGGGCAUAACGUAAAUCAAAUGCCACGCCUUAAUUUUUUUAGGUUAGGUUUGAUUUAGUUUCUAAACAAACGAAUUUGCAUAUGACAUUCCCAGAACUGCUCAUUAUAAAUUAUUUGUAUGAAUACAUUGAGUUUGUUUAAAUUAAAACCAAAAUCUAACUUCAAAAAAUGACGGCAUGACGUAAAUAAUGGUGUAUUUCCACAAAAAAUUAAUAUAUACCACUCGUUGCGAGCCAAUAAUAUGCCAUGAGUUGGUCGCCAACGAGUGGUAUAUAUUUGGCGCCCAACGUGGUGCCAAAUAUUUGCGGCCAACUCAUGGCAUAUAUUUGGCUCACAAGUAUUUUUAUAUUUAAGAAUCAUCAGGCAUUUAUAUUUUAAUAUUGUAGCCAUUUUUAUAGUACAGCUACCAUUUUGUAAACAGUUAAAUUCGCGAAACAUCAUUUGGUCAAGAGGCAGACUUUUUGCAACUCAUUUAUGUUUAGGAUAAACAGACUUGGAUGUGAAUUUAUUGGCCCUAAUAAAUUCAGUGUAUAAUAUGUGGAUAUUUUGUAGAUCUCUUAAUUAUUAGGAAUAAGAACUAUUGUCAUUGCUAGGAUGUAUAUAUGUAAACAAACAAAAGAAAUGUUUAUUUAUGCUUUAUAUUUAUUCUUUAUUAUACUCAUACCAGCUUGCUGUACUUUCAAUGUUGUUGGAUUUCUUUUGUAAGAUUUAUCAUUUAUAAAUUUGUAUUUCUGUUUUAAUAAACGAUUAUUCAUA